CCGCCAGUGCCCAACAUGGCGGCGGGCGGCGGCGGCGGCGCCGGCGGCGGCGGCUGUGGGGGGACCCCGCUCUCGCCGGGCCCGUUCCUGCCGCCGCUGCUGCUGCUGCUGGCGCUGCCCGGCGGCGCCGUCCCCGCGGCCGACACCGUAGUGCUGGGGCUGCGCCUGGAGGAGAGCACCAAACCGGCGGCGGCGGUGGCACCGACGGGGGCGGCCGAGCGCGGGCCGAUCCGCCUCACGGAAGGCAGCGAGGCCUUGCUGCGGCUCUACGGGCUGGGGCUGGGCCCCGGCGCCGCCGAGCGCGUGGCCUUCGCCGAGCUGCGGCCGGGCGGCAACGCCUCGAGCGGCAACGCCACGUGCCAGGAGCGCUCGCAGGACCUGGUGGUGCGGCCCGGCCCCGCCGAGCCCCGCGACACCUCGGCCCUGCUCCGGGUGCGGGUGCAGCCGCUGCGCAAGGACGAGAGGGCCAAGACCUACGUGCUGUGCUCGCAGCGGCGGCCCGGGCAGCCCUGGCUGCCGCACCAAGGGCCCGACGGGCACGUGGUGGUGCUGGAGGAGAAGAAGUCGCUGCUGCCGUUGUGGUUGCAGGUGAUUCUGAUCGCGGGCUUGCUGGUGCUGUCGGGGAUGUUCAGCGGGCUCAACUUGGGGUUGAUGGCGUUGGAUCCCAUGGAGCUGAGGAUCGUGCAGAACUGCGGGACCGAUAAGGAGAAGCGUUACGCCCGCAGGAUCGAGCCCAUCCGCAGGAAAGGGAAUUACCUGCUCUGCUCGCUGCUGCUGGGCAACGUGCUGGUCAACACCACGCUGACCAUCCUGCUGGACGACCUGAUCGGCUCCGGCAUCGGCGCCGUGGUGGCCUCCACCAUCGGCAUCGUCAUCUUCGGCGAGAUCGUGCCGCAGGCGCUGUGCUCGCGGCACGGGCUGGCCGUGGGCGCCAACACCAUCGUGGUCACCAAGUUCUUCAUGCUGGUGACCUUCCCGCUGUCCUACCCCAUCAGCAAGCUCCUGGACUGCAUCCUGGGCCAGGAGAUCGGCACCGUGUACAACCGGGAGAAGCUGGUGGAGAUGCUGAAGGUGACGGAGCCCUACAACGACCUGGUGAGGGAGGAGCUCAACAUGAUCCAGGGAGCGCUGGAGCUGCGCACCAAGACGGUGGAGGACGUGAUGACCCCGCUGCAGAACUGCUUCAUGAUCAACAGCGACGCCAUCCUGGACUUCAACACCAUGUCGGAGAUCAUGGAGAGCGGCUACACGCGCAUCCCGGUCUACGAGGACGAGAGGUCCAACAUCAUGGACAUCCUCUACGUCAAGGACCUGGCCUUCGUGGACCCCGACGACUGCACGCCCCUCAAGACCAUCACCAAGUUCUACAACCACCCCGUGCACGUGGUCUUCCACGACACCAAGCUGGACGCCAUGCUGGAGGAGUUCAAAAAGGGGAAGUCCCACCUGGCCAUCGUGCAGAAGGUGAACAACGAGGGCGAGGGCGACCCCUUCUACGAGGUGCUGGGGCUGGUGACGCUCGAGGACGUCAUCGAGGAGAUCAUCAAGUCAGAGAUCCUGGAUGAGUCCGACACCUACAUUGACAACCGCAGCAGGAAGAGGGUGUGCAACCAGAAGAACCGACGGGACUUCUCGGCCUUCAAGGACCCCGACAACGAGCUGAAGGUCAAGGUGUCACCUCAGCUCCUGCUGGCCGCCCACCGCUUCCUGUCCACCGAGGUGACCCUCUUCACCUCCACCUACAUCUCGGAGAAGAUCCUGCUGCGGCUCCUCAAAUACUCCGACGUCAUCCAGGAGCUGAAGUUUGACGAGGAGAACAAGAAAUCCCCACGGCACUUCCUGUACUGCAAGAACAAACCAGCCGACUACUUCAUCCUCAUCCUGCAGGGCAAGGUGGAAGUGGAGGCUGGCAAGGAGUGCAUGAAGUUCGAGGCAGGAGCCUUUUCCUACUACGGGGUGAUGGCCCUGAGUCCUCCUCCUGGAUCUGAGAUCCGCUCCCCGUCCCACAUGAGCGGCCUGAACCGCUCGGCCUCGCUGAGCUACCACGAGCGCUCGGACUCGGGCUCGUCGCCCGUCAGCGGCAGCAACAACCAGCUCAACGCCGGCGGCGCGCAGUACGUGGCCGACUUCAGCGUCCGCGCCCUCACCGACCUCCAGUUCGUCAAGAUCACGCGGCAGGAGUACCAGAACGGGCUGCUGGCCUCGCGCAUGGACAGUUGUCCCCAGUCCCCCGACAGCGCCGCCCCCAAAGCCGACCCGGCCAUCCCGGAGAAGCCGGAGCCGCCGGCGCCGGCCGACGAGACCACGAGUUUGCUCAACGAGAGGAACUGCCUGAACCGCCGGAGCAACCACAGUGGCCUGGAGAACUCCAUCUGACCCCGGCCGCGCCGGCGCGCCCCGGCGUGCCCGGCGUGCCCGGUGCAGGGACCUUUUCCCGGUAGGACGAGCCGCUGGAGGAGGAUGAGGAGGAUGAGGAGGAGGCGUGGUGGGGAUGGAGGAGCUGGGAUUUGCUGCUGCUGUUCCAGGCUGGCUCGGUUUGGGAUGGACGGAGCGGCGCGGGCACGGCGCCGACGGCUCAGGGAGCUUCGGGUCUCGGUGUGCCGCCGUGGGGACCCUGGGGAUGGACAUCCCAACCCUGCCAGGAGAUCUGGGAUGGACAUCCCAACCCUGCCAGGAGAUCUGGGAUGGACAUCCCAUCCCUGCCAGGAAUCCCCGGAUGGACAUCCCAACCCUGCCAGGAAUCCCCGGAUGGACAUCCCAUCCCUGCCAGGAAUCCCCGGAUGGACAUCCCAACCCUGCCAGGAAUCCCCGGAUGGACAUCCCAACCCUGCCAGGAAUCCCCGGAUGGACAUCCCAGCCCUGCCAGGGUCCAUCCAAACCUUUCAGGAACCCCGGGAUGGACAGCCCAACCCUUCCAGAAACCCCGGGUGGACAUCUCAUCCUUUCAGGGUCCAUCCCAAACCUUCUAGGAACCCCAAACCUUCCAGGGUCCAUCCCAACCCUGCCAUGACCCCAGGAUGGACCCCCCAAUCCUGCCAGGAACCCCAGCCCUUCCAGGAAUCCCAGAAUGGACACCCCAACCCUGCCAGGACCCUCGGGAUGGACAUCCCAAACCUUUGGGAUCUUUGGGAUGUAAAUUCCAUCACUUUAGGGUCUCCUACCCAUCCUGGGAUGGGAAUUCCAUCCCCUUGGCGCCUCCUCCAUCAUUUUGGGAUAUCCUGGGAUGGGAGUCCCGACCCCUCUCUGGUGUUUUUGGGGUCUCCUGGAUAAAUCCCAGCCCCUUCCCUGCUGGCCCGGGGAUUUUAGGGUCUGGAUUUUGAGGUCUGGAUUUUAGGGUCAGGACUUUGGGGUCUGGAUUUUGGGGUCUGGAUUUUAGGGUCUGACUUUGGCGUCUGGAUUUUGGGGUGACACAGCGCUAGUGACCAAAGUUGUACAGGCAGGAGGGGGCUGAGGGUCCCCCCAAAACCCCCCUGGGGUUUUUUGGGGUCAGAGCUUGACCCCAAAAAACCAAAAAUAAGCACAAAAGUUCCCCCUGGGUGAACUCCUGUAAGUUAUUGGGAGAAGGUUGAAUUAUUUUUGUUAAUCACAUCUCGACGAUCAGUUCCUAGCUCCUUCUGUGGGGAGAUUUUAGAAAUGAUAAUAAUAAUUAAUUAAUAAUAAUAAUAAUUAAUAAUUAAUAAUAAGCCAGGAAAAAAAACCAACAAAAAAACCCUUUUUUUAUUAAAUCUUCCUCUAUGCAAACCCCUCCUUUUCCUCCCCCCUGGGGAAUUCCUAUUUAUUGUUCAGGUUUGAUUUGUAUUUUUGGGGAGCUCGGGCCGCGGGGGGAUGGGGGGAGGGGCGGGGGGGGCCGGGCCUCCCCCUCCCGGUUCUGCCCUUCCCCCCACGCCCCAGUUGUGAACCCAUCCGUGGAAUUUUUAUUUCACGGAGGGGGUUUUUUGGGUUAUUUUUUUGCCAGAUGGGUUAAUAAAGAUUCUAUAUCUGUA